AUGGAGGAUGAUAAUAUCGUGCUCGAGGAGAGCGUAAGCCCAGCUGAGGUGGAAGCCCAGGCUACCAUGUCAGCUGGCGGUCCGGAACGGGGGCUGAUGCCCAGCUCUGGUGGUCGUGAUGACACUGGAGGAUAUGGGGGCAGAGAUCGGGAAAGAUCUCCUGAGGAUCAGGCCAGAGAGCUGCUUGAAAACUGCGAUGGUCUGGAGCCCCCGUACGAGUACAUGUCGGUCGAAGGCACGGCAGAUGCCAUAGAGGAUCGAAGUCCCCGAGAUGGGGAGAACGGUGCAACCGGAAGUCCCGGAAGCUUUGGCGAAGUUCUGGAACCUGAUCGCAGUGCUGAGCAAGGCUUGGGUGGCUCUCCGGAAUCUCGUGGCAUCCACAGGGGCCGAGAACGAGCUGGGACUGAAACUGGGGCUAGGAGAGCAGAGGAGCGAAACCAAGGGUCGGGUGGUCUGAAUGUGGACAUCGAGGACCUGGUGAAGCAACUGUUGGCCCAGAAUCAGGCACUCAGCGAAGAGUUGGCCUAUGUUCGUCAAGAGAGUAGAGGACUUAGAAGUGUGAGAGCGCCCAUGGAAGGAGCAGGUGCGUGUGCUCCGGCCUCCCUGGACACAAUGCGCGGUGUCAAAGCCUGCUCUGGCACCGUCGGAGCUCUCAACUGUCAGGUGCCGUUCAGCACAGGUCAAGGUCACAUAGGAGGGAAUACAGGAUCUGUAAGCGUAGCGGCAUCUUUCGCCUCCAGGGAACCCUCUGUCGAGUACACUGCGCAAGGAAUCCUGGAUGCAGAGGGACGGGUACAGGUUGUAUCUAAGGGUGCCGAGUAUUUCUCGAUAGCUUCGGAAGAGGUUGAUGCAGCCCAGAAGCAUGGAGAGGCCUACUUGGUUCCUCCUCCAAUGGACACCGCCGAGGCCUCAAGGAUCUCCGCCGCGUACAAGAAGCCCGAGUCCAGAACCAGAGUCCCAGAUGGACCCCCACCGGAGUCUCCACCGAGCGUUGACCGAGCCGAGUCCCAGGAGACAUCGAAAGACUACUUGCCAGGCGAACGGACUAUGUGGGAGUUGCCAAAGCUUGGCACUCCGUCGGAGCCGAACCCAGCUCUUCGGUGCAGCGACUGGCUGCACAGAAUACAGCCGUCGAUUCAUGACCUGGCUCCAAAAGCUCACCUGUGGUGGACUGAAGUGAUCAGCGAAGCCCGAAGAGCCUACGGACUAUGGGUGUCGGCCUCUCCCCUGGAGCGAAUUGCAAUAAAAGGGUUACCUUCGGAACGGUUGAAAGCGGAGAAGUAUCUUCGGUUAGAGUCCCGGGCAUUGGCAAUGUUGAGCAAGGCGGUUCCCCAGACAAUAUACGACUAUGCCCUCAGUGUUCGGAACACUACAUGUGUAGGUUUAGUGUUCUUUGUGCUGAAGGCCUUCCAACCGGGAGGUCUUCAUGAAAGGACAGAACUACUGAAAGGGCUUACGGUCCUACCAGAAGGGACUAGUGCACGUCAGGGUGUGGAUGCUCUGAAUAUGUGGUUCAGGCACCUUGAAAGGGCCAGAGGGAUGAGUGUUGCCAUUCCUGACUGCACCCUACUCCUGGAUGCCUUAGACACCAUGUCGAAGUCCUUGCUUGAACGCAGUCCUGCCCUGCUAUUUCGUAUGAAUACGACGAGAAUGGCACUGCAACUGGAUACUGUACCGACGCUUUCAUCGGUAGAACAGUUCGCCAGGGCUUUGAUGGCCGAACUUGAGGUGAUAGCCGUGAGUGGUGGAGACCAACAAGGAAACAAGGGAGAUGCGGCGAAGUCGGGAGGCGAGGCAACGGCAGCGAUCAAGGAAGCGACACAACUCCUGCAGAGCAUGAGGAUUGCCAGUGUUGAUGCGCACCUUAGAGCGGUUCCAGUGACGCCAAUUGUCUCUGUUGCUGCACUCUUGGAGCUUGGCUUUCGUGUGAGUUGGACGAAAGAGCACUGCCGGAUCUGGCAUCAUACCCGCGGCCAACUUGACGUCGACGCCACAUCAGGGUGUCCGGAGAUUGACCACGACACCGCGCUGAGUUUAAUUUCAGAGUAUGAAGGGUACAUAAAAGAAAAGGAUGUGCAUGAAGCAAGGGUCAGAUGCAUUCUUCAGGACAUGGUUAGUACCACCAAUGAGGACCUCUCGGAGCUUAUGCGGUCGGGAGGAGUAGAAGCGUUGGCUGCUAUGCGAAUGUUGGUCACAAGGUUGUUCCCUGAAGUACCAGACGAGCUUCAGAAGCAGGUUCCGCCGUCACUGUGUCAGAGUGGGAUACUUGGAGGGUGGAACCGUCGAACUCGUCGCAGAGCCGAGAAGGCUGAUGGGAUUGUGGUGCAUUUCUCUGAAAAGGACUCGAGGCGUGUCUUUGAAGAUACCGUCGAUCGGUGUGGGUGGAUGCUGCUGCAUGUGGAUGUCCAUAGCAGUGCGCUGUCUGAAGCUGCAUACGCCUUCCUCAUCAGUUUAGCAAUGAAAGGCCCAGAGGCAUCUACGCGCAGGCACGAUGAUAUCCUGGUGUUGAGGAUGAUGUUCCUGCAUGCGGUUGCCUCAGGAGUCAGUGAGAGGUUGAGGUUGCUAGCGCCAGUCUUUGUUCUUGAACAGCCAGAGGAUCAGCCUGGAAGUGACAUCCCGUCAUUGUGGGUGACUCCAGAAUGGAGAGCUUUCGCAUCCAUGUUUGAAGUUGGCGAAGUGUCCUUUGAUCAAGGACCCCUGCUGCAUCAGAAACGGAGGCCGACGACAUUGGCCUCCAACCUCCCACCGGCAGCUAGCCUGAUAGGGAACGAUUGCAAGUACUGUGUCCGGGGGAGUGCCCGGAGAAAGCAGCAUAGGCGUGUCUUGUGUCCCGAGGCAUGGAGCCUGUCAGUUGACACAGCUGGACCUUACAAGAAGGGAGACGACGAGAUGGCAAAAGGUGUCCGGUAUAUGAUUGUAGGGGUGCUGACGGUUCCGGUAAUAGCCUUUGAAAAGGAGGAGGAACCAGCUGCACCAGAGGAUCCUGCUGAGGGGGUUGGUGGUGCUCUUGAUGAUGAGGAGCUACUUGCAGAUGGUGAAGAUGAACCAGAUGAGCCGCUGAGUGCAAAGGAGGUCGCUGAGGCAAGGUGCGGCAACAACGAGUGGGACAAAGUGCUGGAAAGAGAUCAGAAGGCCUGGAAAGAGGAAGCCGAGAAGGAUCACCUUCCACGCAUCAAGCUGAUUGAAUGGCCGUUUGUUGAACCGGUUGCAGGAAAAACUCAGCAAAAUGUAUUAGCGGCCAUCCGUAAGAUGAGGGCUGAGGCACUAAGUCUGGGUUUUGAGGUAAAAGGAUUCACACAGACAGAGGACGAGAGUACCUCAAUAAUGGGUUGA